UUGAGCACUAAGACCCAGUAGUGAGUCAGUAGUGAGUCAGUCAGUAGUUGCUUGCUGAGUUCAUACCUGGUAGCUGUCAGUGACUCGUAUCCUCUGAUACAUCCUCUCCUAAUACACUUCUCAGGGUAGACCAUGGAACCUUGUUCAGACACCUGCCAGACCAUGGAACCUUGUUCAGACACCUGCCAGACCAUGGAACCUUGUUCAGACACCUGCCAGGCUUCACCACACAUGUCUGUACACUUGAGUUCCUCUUCUGUGGCUGGUGAUUCCCUGGCUGUAUCCUCUGGGCCCACUGCUUCGCCGAUUUUAUCCUCUGGGCCCACUGCUUCGCCGAUUUUAUCCUCUGGGCCCACUGCUUCGCCGAUUUUAUCCUCUGGGCCCACUGCUUCGCCGAUUUUAUCCUCUGGGCCCACUGCUUCGCCGAUUUUAUCCUCUGGGCCCACUGCUUCGCCGAUUUUAUCCUCUGGGCCCACCACUUCGUCGAUUUCACCCUGCGGGCCCACAGCUUCACCGAUUUCACCCUGUGGGCCGAGUGAUGCCAGGACCCCAUCCAAUAGGCCCAUGGGUUUUCCAGCUAGCAGUUGCUGUGCUACCACAAAUACGUCCCCCAGCGGCCUACCACAUCUCGCUGACAGCUCACUUUCCACUGUCGGACUUGCACCUUCAGGAACUAAACUGUCAGCUUCAGUGGCACAUAUAGCAUCACCACCUGUAUCCUGCCACAGCAACAAGAGCAGCACAGGACCCAUGUGUCGCAUAUGUCAUGAGGGUGAGAGUGUGGGAGACCUUAUCUCCCCGUGUCUGUGUAUGGGGACGAUGGGCUGGAUCCACAAGACGUGCCUGGAACACUGGCUUACCAUCACUACCUGUCAGAGGUGUGAGCUGUGUGGCUUCGCUUACACCAUAAGACUGUCUCCUAAACCUUUCUGGGAGUUCUUAUUGAGCUACGACAGUCCAGAGAUUCGUAGAGCCAUCGUAGUGGACGCUUUGUGUUUGUUGGUGUUGACGCCACUAGCAGUGUUCUCCAUAUACCUGUGUGUUGCUGGAGCCUUCCAGUACGCUCAGCACGCACCGGCUUCCAGGGACACAGUCUUCAGCACACGCUUAAUAACGCUCAAUAAACAUCAAAUAAUAAGCACGAAGAAUACCGUGGAUACCAACUACAAGUCCGAGGAAGGUGGGCAACCAGCAAGGCAGCAGAAAAACUCGAAGGGUGACAGCGACAUGCCCUGGGAAGCCUUUGGCCUGUCAUUACUAGCUCUGCUUAUCCUUACUAUCUACACAGCUUGGGCUGCUGUUGUGGUCAGCUACCACACGAAGGUGUGGCGCCGGUGGCGGGUGGUACAUCAAGACCUGACUUUGGUGGACAACCACAGACGACCCAGCAACCAUCCUGGUCUCAAUAUUAUCCUUCACAACGUUCGUACUUCCUUCAGUCCAUAAACAUUGACACUUUUGGCCCAUUCUCUCCUCUGCCAGAAGGUAGUUCCUUAUCUUAACCUGCUGCAUCAACCUAACAACCACACCAGCCUUGGUUUGAUCACCAGUACUCUCCACCAUCCAGGCUACAAUAACUUGUACAGUAAUACAAUAAAUCAGCUUUUACUCGGCUCAAAUUAGCUGCUGCUACACUUUUUUACCAAUUUUAUAAAGCAUUUUAAGAUAUUUUUAAAUUAAAACUAAUUUUUAU